AUGAGGAGGGAGAAAUUUGUCAACCGUUUUCAUGAGACGGGUACUGAUAACGACCAGAUGAGAACGGGUUCUCACGAGAAACGCCCGUCGGGAAAGACAAGGUGGACUCCUAGGGACAGCCUUGGAGGCGUCCUCGUCACCUGCCUUCUGGCCUCUCACCCCAGACUUUCUCCGCACUCCCGCCGCGGGUGCGAUACUCACAGCCCUUCCUGGGAACGGCGGACCUCACCUGGUUCGCAGCCGCCGGCCUCCCACCCCUGCUGGCCGGUGACCCCUGCUCUCCGCGGGCAGCUAGACAAGCUCGCGCUCGCUUCGCCGAGGGCGUUCGGCUUUUGUUGCGCUCACAUUGGGCCCGGCUCGGCCGUGAGCUUGGGGUUCCCGCCCCGGGGACAAAGGCCCGAUGCGCCGGGCUCAUCCGGGCCCGCCCAGCCGAUCCAGCGCCUCCGCGAAGCCAGAGGCGGACCAAGGGACCUGCCCUGGCGGCGAGCCAGCCGCAGGUAUAGGCGCCACCUCUCCCCGCCCGUUCUCCCUACCCUCCGGGCCAGCGGCAGCGGCAACAGUAAUAAUCCCACCGCCCGGGCGACCGCUUCACCUCAGCCGCGGACAAUGGCGGCCUCUCCCCCGGUGUCGACGGGGACACGUCGCGCGGGCUACUGGGAGUGGUAG